AUGACAGAUAAAAUUCAAUUCAAUUAUAUUGAUAAUAAAUCAUCUCUGCAAUUGUUAAAAAUUUUACAAAUCAAAAAUUUUCCAAAUCUCUUUCGUUAUGAAAAUCAAGUAAAACAACAAAAUGUAUUAUCUUUUGUAGACAAUGAAGCAAACCCAACGAUUGUAAUUUUAAUUGAUAUUUUUAGAGGUCAAAUGAAUGUAUUUCCAUUAAAUGUUGAAGCAUUAACAAAUACAGCAAAAUCCAUUGACUGGUCAAAUGGAUUUUUAACAGAAUUUAAAAAUAAUCCAUUCAUUAAAUGGGAUGAGAUUUUUGAAAAAGUUGGACCAAAUAACAAAAUAGGUUUAGAAAGACAUUUUAAAUCAACUGAAAAAAUUUCAAUUGCAUGUGUUUCUCUUGAAUAUGAACCAUUAUUUAUUGAAUCAUUAAAAGGUUAUUUUAGAAAUAUGAAACCAGAUUCAGAAGUUUUUGAUGCAUUAACAUUAAAGGUAGAUAAUAUUCAAGAGAAAAUUAAUGAAUUAAAAUUAAAUUUAGAUGAAAAUGUAGGACCAUUAAAAUAUGAGGAUGCUGAAACCAUUAUUUUAAAACAAAUAAUUAAUUAUAAAUGGCAAUAUAAAUCAAAUGAAUCAAUUAAUUUUUUAAGAUGGUCAUGUACUCAAACUAUAUCAGCAGGUUAUAGAAUUAAUGGUAAACUUGUUAGUUGGAUUAUUAUGUAUACAGAUGGUUCUAUUGGUAGUCUUUAUACAUUAGAAGAGUUUAGAGGAAAAAAAUAUUCUUGCAAGGUGGUAUCAUAUAUUUUAAUUAAAUUCUUUGAAAAUGGUUUCGACCUUCCAUACUGUUUUGUUAGAGAUAAUAAUAUAUCUUCACAAAAAGUGAUGAGAAGUUUUGGUUUCAAAUCAAAUUCCUUAGUAAAAUGGGUUACUGGCACUCCAUAA